AUGCAUUAUGUUCGACCUGUUGUUCCUGGACUUGUCUUAGAUAGAUUAGUUAGAGAAAAUAAUGAUUUAGCACUCCUAAAUCAUAUAGAGCAAGUAGCACUAGGUGCUCGUGAUAGUAAUGGUGAUGUUGCUAGUGGUGUGUUAGCUGGAUAUUGUAAUGUGAAUGGAUUUAUGGAACAUGUUGAGAUUGGGGUAGAUUAUAAUAACAUGGAGGACUACUAUAUAGACAAUGAAGAUAAUGAUAUUGAAGACUUAUUUGCCAUACCUAUGAAUGUGGUGCAAAGGGCAACUAUACAAGAAAAUGUUACAAGAAAGGCGGCCAAGAAGCCAAGUGAUGAGUUAGAGUCUCUAGCCAAUUCUGAUCAUGAGAUUUAUGGGGUUAGAAAGGUUAGAAUUGAUGAGUUUGACAUCAUGAUAAAUAUAGAAAAUCCAUAUUUUAAGAUAGUUCAAAUGAAGUUGAAAAGAAUGCAGCAGGUGGGGAGAGAGGCAGAAGCAAGGGCAAAGGCAAAGGAGCUUUGA